AUGCCUCGCUCAACAACAACACCGCGGAUACCCUCACUCCUCCUCGCCGCGCUCCUCCUCCUCCUCCUCCUCGCCGGCUCAUCCACCGCCGCGCCGCGCCCUCCGCCACCGGCGGUCGGCCACCCCUUCCACGCGCUCCAGUCCGUCCCCAACGGCCUCGCCCUGUCCCCCGUCAUCACCGGCCUCUACGCCAACUCCUCCGCCGCCGCGCAAAUCGCCAUCCACGACGUCAACGGCAACCCCUCCUGGACCUGGAGCGCCGCCGACGUCGCCGCCCAGGCCGACCUCCCCGCCAACCUCCUCGCCUGCCUGCAGACGCCGACCGCCGUGCCCGAGGCCAAGUGGGCCGACGGCGGCCGCGCCGUCCUCGCCAUCUACAACGCCGCCGCCGUCAUGAUCCGCCGCGCGCCCGGCGACGCCUCCCAGGACAAGCGCGUCCUCUUCGGCGUCUGCCUGCAGCAGGGCAACAUGGGCAACACGCACAGCCUGGAGCUCGUGCCCGACGGCAAGCUCGCCGUCGCCACGACCACCUCCCAGAUGGACGCCACCAUCCACGUCUUCAACGUGUCCGCGGGUCUGCAGGCCGACCCGCAGCCCGUCCAGUCCCUCGACAAGCUGCCCGGCGUGCACGGGCUCGUCUGGGACGACCGCGCCAGCCUCCUCUGGGGCUCCGGCAGCUCCUCCGACCCCUCCGGCGCGACCCCCGGCGUCUCCUCCGCGCCCACGCUCAACGGCUACCGAUACACCCGCGGCGCCUUCUCCACCCAGCCGACCUACUCGCACAACGUCAGCGCCGCGCUCCUGCUCUCCACCGAGUGGAGCGGCACCCAGUACGACGGCUGGUGGGACGGCAGCCACGACAUGACCGGCGUACCCGGCCGCCGCCAGCUGCUCCUCUCCACCGACACGGACCUCCACGUCUUCGACAUCGACUCGCAGACGUUCGCCAGCGGCGCCCAGGUCGCCAGCAACUACCUGCCGGGCUUCAUGCCCGUCGACAGCAGGGUCGGCAGCGACGGGAAAUCGCUGCCCCGGUCCGACAUCAAGUCGCUGAGCAUCGACGGCAACCUCAACGUGCUGUACGUGCAGGCCGCCUGGCAGGGCGUCACCUCCUACCAGAUCAACCUGCUGCAGGACGGAAAGCUGCAGGCGGGGCUGACGUAUCCCCAAGAGCUGUACCGUUCGCGGUGGUUCGCCGACACGCCGACGUGGCCCAAGGCGCGGUUACCGUCUUCGUAG